AUGAUUGACCUAAGCUUCCUAACAGAGGAGGAACAAGAAGCAAUAAUGAAGGUGCUGCAACGGGACGCAGAGCUUAAAAGAGCUGAAGAAGAGAGAGUCAGGCAUUUGCCAGAAAAAGUUAAAGAUGAUGUUCAACUAAAGAAUAUGAGCGGGCAGUGGUUUUAUGAAGCGAAGUCAAAGAGGCACAGAGAUAAGAUACACGGAGCAGAUAUUAUUAGAGCUUCCAUGCGACGGAAGCCUGCCACUCUUGCUGAAGUGAGUCAGAACAAAUCAAACAAAGCAAAGAACAGCUGGGUAAGCAACAUUAAUAAAGAAGUCUUUGUGCCACCAGAGCUACAUGGCAUUGUGGAGCAUCAAGAAGAAGAACAACUGAAAUCUAGUUCAAGUUCUAAGCCAGUAACCUCUCUGUUAGACAAACCAGAGGAAAGACCUGUGAAGGCAACAGUCUCGCCAGUAAAGCAAAGGAGAAAUCCAUUCAAUUCCACUGCAUCAGGUGAUAACUUGAACAGUGGGGAAUCAGAAAACAGACCAGCCACCCUACCUCAGCUAUCAAGGAAGGAAAUAUUAUCUCUCUCAGAAGAGAGCCAACCUAAGCCAAACUUACAAAAGGAUGAAACAGAGAAACAGAAGAAGCCUUCUGUAGGACCUGCUGAUGAAUCGCAGAAAGGAGUAAUUAAACAACCUAUCCCAAAAGCUAGAAAAUUAAUUCACAAAGCAACAGAUUCUGUGUCACAAAGAGAAGAGUUUGUUCCAAAACCAGAUAAACGGACUGAGAGGUUUAAUGGCAUUGGUACACCGCCCAGGGGCAUUCUCAAGCGCAGUUCAAGUUCAAGUUCCACAGACUCAGAAGUUCGUGUUAGUCAGAUGUUAGAUGUUCAGAAAAAGAAUGGUCUUCCUACUGCUACUAUUUUUGAAGGAGAGGCUGAGAACAACUCUCUUACGGAAGAAGCGGAAGACUCUGCACAAAUUUCUCUGGAAAAACUAAAACAAGUGAGGUUUUCGCCUAGCACGGGUAAAGGAGAACCUCUGCAAAGCCCACAGCUACACCAUGGUAGAGAAACAGGAGAGUUUGAUUUGUUAGAAUCUGAUGAAAUAAAGAGCAGUGGAGGUGAUGCUGUUAGAUCAGAUUCAUUUGGGAAUAAGCAAAUUUCUGCUGUAAAUCCUUUGGGAACUUAUUCAGCAGCUUUACAAGUAAAACCAACAAUAGAGGGCUUACAAGAAGAUACAUCAGCACCCAUCCCUUGUGACACUAAUGGGUCAGUCUCUCUGGUUAAUAAAACCUUGCAGACAAAGACAGCUACUCCUAAGAAACUUGAAACUCCACAGAAGACCUCCAGCAAUAUCCUGCCAAAUAGCAAUAAUGAACUGAGUGUUGAUGAGACACGUGAAAAUAAAACCAACCAGAUCUUGAGCCAUGAAUCAAAGUCAGACAAAAACUGUACUGAUGAACAUCAGCUUUCUGCUAAGACAAAAGCACAUGAGGUGUCAAGCACCAGUUCUACAAGUCUUCAACAAGGUUCAGAAGAAGAAUUAAGCCCUGUUUUGAUGGCUUUGAAAAGGAGUGCAGAUAGGAAAAUGCCUUCCAAAAGUCUAGAGGACAUUCCAUCAGCCAUCUCAAAUAAAGGAAAAAUAAAUAAUCCAAAGGAAGAAUUAGCUCUUAGUGCUGAAGAUGGUCCGAAACCUGAUCAGCAUCAAGAGAGGAAUGAAAAUGCAGCAGGAAUUUCCACAGUGCCUUCACAGCCAGAUAAGCUGGUUUCCAAUCCUGAAAAACUCAAAGGACUGAGCAAGUCAGUACCAUCAUUCCUACAGGAAGAGAGUGAUGACAGAGAGACAGACACAGCAUCAGAAAGCAGUUAUUCCCUUCGCAGAAUCAAGAAGAGUCCCAGCUCUCUAACCAAUCUUAGCGGCUCUUCUGGCAUGGCCUCCUUAUCCUCUGUCAGUGGAAGUCUGAUGAGCAUCUAUAGUGCAGACUUUGGCAAUGUUGAUGUGAAAGGGAACAUCCAGUUUGCUAUUGAUUAUGUAGAACAGCUGAAAGAGCUCCACGUUUUUAUUUGCCAGUGUAAAGACUUGGCAGUGGCAGAUGUUAAGCGACAGCGUUCAGACCCGUAUGUAAAGACCUACUUGCUUCCAGAGAAAUACAAGCUGGGCAAACGGAAGACCUCUGUCAAAAAGAAAACUUGUAAUCCAGUCUAUAACGAAAUACUGCGGUAUAAAAUUGAGAAGGGUCUCUUAAAGAACCAAAGCCUUAACGUCUCUGUCUGGCACAACGAUACCUUUGGGAGGAAUAGCUUCCUUGGUGAAGUGGAGCUGGAUUUAGGAACUUGGGACUGGAACGAUAAAUCCAACAAGCAGAUCAACUGGUUUCCGCUCAAGCCAAGGACUUCAACAAUGGCUCUUAAACUAGAAAACAGAGGGGAGAUGAAACUAGCCCUCCAGUAUGUCCCACACCCUGUUGGAGGAAAGAAGACCCUGUAUACUGGUGAGGUCCACAUCUGGGUGAAGGAAUGCCAUGACCUUCCUCUUCUGAGAGGCAACAGGCUCAACUCUUUCAUUAAGUGUACCAUUCUGCCAGAUACUAGCAGAAAAAGUCGCCAGAAAACAAGAACAGUGUCAAAAACUACAAACCCAGUAUUCAACCACACCAUGGUCUACGAUGGCUUUAGACCAGAGGAUUUGAAAGAAGCCUGCAUAGAACUCACGGUCUGGGAUCACAACAAACUCACCAACCACUUUCUGGGAGGUCUCAGGAUAGGCCUUGGAACAGGCAAGAGCUAUGGAACUACAGUAGACUGGAUGGAUUCCACUUCAGAUGAAACUGCCCUUUGGGAGAAGAUGAUGAACUCGCCGAACACAUGGGUAGAAGAUACGCUACCUCUCAGGAUGCUAAUGGUUGCAAAACUGACAAAAUGAGGUGGCUUUUUAAUUGCCAGGGUCAAAAAGAAACCUUGGGAAUGAAAUUAAAGGGGAGUGUGUGUGGGUGAAACUUGGAAGAGGAACACAGUAGCUCUUUUGACAGUCUCUGCUCUGUUGCUGUUCUGGUUUUGUGCUGUCAAAUGUCACUUUGUAUUUCAAAUUAAACUUCAGCCCGCGGAUUAUGAUGUAAAUUUA